CAGAAGUUGGAUUCGUUCAUACAGCAGCCAGAGCCUGCCUAUCCACUGAGAAAUCUCUCUCUUUACCAGCGUUUGCCUCCUCUGAGGUGUAUUUGGCGUGAAGCUCAGAUGGCCCCUCGAUAAACAUAUUUACUGCAGUUUUAAAGUUUACAUAAAGGAGCAAGUCUUCUAAAUUAUAUCCUACAGGACUUCUGUUCAGGAAUGACCAAUUGAUUGGCAGUCAUCCACCAGUCUCCUGCGUACAUUUAUGGCGUAAAUCUCAGAGAAAUGGAUUCCAUCACAGCAGAAAAUGUUUCCAGUGGUAUGACUACCUGGAAGCUUGGAACCAGUCAGUCUUUUUCACACAACACAUCAGAAAACAGCAGCAGCUCUACCUGCAUUAUAUUGGAUGCAUGGGAUUGGUUAUAUACAUUUCAGCCUAUGUUCCUCUGGGUCAUUUUUGUCCUGGGAGUGAUAGAGAAUGGCUUUGUCCUCAGUGUUUUGUGUUUCCACAAGAGUCGCUGCACGGUGGCUGAAAUUUACCUGGCAAACCUGGCAGUUUCCGACUUGAUGUUAGUUUGCGGUUUACCUUUCUGGGCCAUUAAUAUCAGUAAUCAGUUUAAGUGGCCUUUUGGCACUUUCCUUUGCAAGGUUGUCAAUGCAAUCAUUUACAUGAACUUUUAUUCUAGCAUUUAUUUUUUGAUGAUGGUGAGCAUCGAUCGCUACCUGGCCCUGGUGAAAACCAUGUCUCUUGGACGUAUGCGACGGGGUACAUGUGCCAAAUGGAAUAGCCUUAUCAUCUGGGUGUCUGCAUUGCUCAUAUGUUCUCCUGCUCUAGUGUUCAGGUCUGUCGGUUAUGUGGAAGAAAUCAAGGGCAGAGCCUGCAUUCUUCAUUAUCCAUCCACCCACUGGACAAUUGCAACAAACAUUGUGCUGAAUACUGUGGGCUUUUUGAUCCCACUCUGUGUAAUUACCUAUUGUACUAUUCAAAUAAUCAAAGCCUUACGAGGCAACAAAAUACAAAGACUCACAGAACUCCAAACUGAGAAGAGAGCCACCAUCUUGGUCCUUGCUGUCCUUUUGCUGUUUAUCAUUUGCUGGCUUCCUUUCCAGAUCACCACAUUCAUUGACAUAUUAAUUCAGGUCGGCAUCAUUUCUGACUGCAUUACUUCAGAGGUCAGUGAAUUGGUGACCCAGGUAGCUACAUACUGUGCUUAUAGCAACAGCUGCCUUAAUCCAGUAUUGUAUGUCAUUGUAGGCAAGCAUUUCAGAAAGAAAUCCAAAGAACUCUACAAAGGCUGCCUGCCUAGGAUAUGCACCAAAUCAGAGUCCAUCCAGAUGGAGAAUUCUUUGGACACUCUUAGAACAUCCAUUUCAAUUGAAUGCCCAAAGAAAAAGUCUGCUUCUUCAUUAGCACGAUAGCACAGUUUUGCUUAUUGCAAAGUUACAAGAAAAUCUUUCAACAUAUCAGUGCGUAAACUGUCCUUAAUAUCCAUCUACUAUGGCACCCCAUUGUGUGCACUGGCUGCAUUCAUUAUGCAUGAAAGCUUGGGGAGCUGAUCUCAGUAGAAAACUCCAUGUAGGCACCUACUUCUACCAGCUAAUGGACAACAUUUUUCAUGACUGAAUCACAUUUCAUGAUAUAUUUAUAUAUUCAUGGCUGAAGUUUAUUUGACACACUAUCAUUUUAAAUAUUCAUAUUGCUAACAAAGAUAAGUAUCUGACAUCAGAAUAUAGUUCUCUAAGUAACGCCAUUUUAUAACAGCUACUGUCAGUAUUAUGAAGCUAACCACAGUACCAUACAUUUGA